GGAGAAGGAUUCACCAAUAUUAUAUUAUCCACUUUGUGCCUUUUCUUUGUAUCGUUAAUGGAGCUGGGGCAUCGCUUUUUUCACCGUUUAAAAAAGCCAUUUCCAGAUUCAUUCUUGUCACGUUUAUCAACGAUCUAUUUUACUCCGCCUUUUUGUUCCUCUUAUUUAUUACAACUAAAUCGCUUUUGAUUAUUCCUGCCCCUGCACUGAAAAUUACUCGCUUUAUGCCCGGCAUCAAAAAGAAAAAGAAAACGAUGCCAGUGAGCUGUGUCUGGCUGAUUCUUGAAGCAGGACACCUGUCAAGUCGCGAAUAUGGUUCCCUCGAGCUGUAAUAAAUCGAUGCAACUCCCCUUCAUGAGUGUGUUUUAGAUGCGGUUGAUGGGUUUCGAAGUGUUGGCAGAAGAGGUUUUAUCUCAAGAAGUACAUCAAUUAUGUUUCUUGGUAUAGAGGAGGAAUAUGCGUAGCGUCACCAGUACCGAUGCCUUUUCUUUUCAUGUAUAAUAAUAUAAAAUACUAGUAUCUGCCCCCAAGGCCCCUCAUGCGCAACGCAACACGAUGAUUAUAUCCAUUGAACAUUGAUUCAUUAGAUUACAUCUGCGUACAAGGUUUCAGAUAUCAAUGUUCUUUUGUCCGCCUGAGUUUCCCCUCAUUCUUUGUCCACAGUCCACAUUCAUUCCUAUCCCACUCACUCAGUGUUACCUCCUACACGCCUUGUCUCUCAUCUGUCUCUACCCCUCUCGCUGUCAACUUUGCCUUCCUUGCUUCACCAAUUACCGCUUCCUGUAUCUUUAUUUCUCAACUUCAGGAACUAAUGACACCAUUUAAUUUUCACAGUUAGAUUUGUCACGGAACUAAACGAUGUUGUUUUUUAAAUGACACGUGUAGUUGUCGGCUACCAUGGCAACAUUUUAGGUCUACCAAUGACAUGGAAGGAAGAUAAAGAGGGAGGCGGGGAACGCGGCUCUUGAGGAAGUCUUUUUCACAGAUCUCCCCCCCCCCUCUUUUGUCUCUCUUCGAGGCUGACUCUUUAUUUAAAGCCUUAAGGUGGCGGCUUCUUGAGUCACUUUAUUAUUCCACAAAUGGGGAAAGCCUCUAGCUCUUCGUCUUCCUCUAUCAGCAGCAGCAACCACCCACUCAUCUCAACUGCUUCAUCUCUCACCCGCCUCCACAACUCUGACCUUCCCACAGAUCUCAGGCUCGGUCUCAGCAUUUCAGCCACUCAACAUGUUGGCUCUUCUGUUUCAAGGGGGCAGCCAAUGGAUUGGAUCCCAAACCAUCGAGCUCAUGCUGCAGAAGUAAAUGAUUGUGGCGAUCAUAGCAGCUUGUUUGUAAAGGUGUACAUGGAAGGCAUUCCAAUAGGCCGAAAACUCAAUCUGGUUGCGCACGACGGCUACCAUGAGUUAGUGAGGACUCUGGAAAACAUGUUUGACACUACCAUUCUCUGGGGGACAGGGAUGGAUGGGGUGCAACCAGAGAGGUGCCAUGUGCUAACAUACGAAGACGAGGAAGGUGAUUUGGUUAUGGUCGGCGAUGUUCCUUGGGAAAUGUUCCUAUCGACUGUGAAGAGAUUGAAGAUAACGAGGGUAGACGCAUUCGGAUGUUGAUUUCAGAUGCGACAGUGCAGCCUCUUGCUUUGGUGGUUUCCAAUUUUGUCCUAUAGUUUUAGUGGUAGCGAUCUGUGAUGAGAUGUGAUCAGGGUAGUGUUAGGCAAAGCACGCUGAAAGCUAUAGAUGUAUAUGCACAGCCUCAGACUUUGUCGUUUUUCUUUAAUAAAAGAAAGUGGAAAGCAUUAGUUCUUGUA